AUGUCUUCGCUCGGAAUGUUUCGUUUACUUGCCGGUCUCUUAGUGGCGCUGUCCGCUGGUGCCGAUGCAUAUUCCGAGGAGGAGGCCCAGGAGUAUUUAGAUAAUUAUAAUCCUCGCGCCCAGUUUUUUAUAUCAGAAUUUGCGCUGGCAGGGUGGGAUUAUUCAACUAAUAUAACUCAUCACAAUUUGGAAAUUGUGAUAUUUGUAACUGUUGGUGAGCAUGCUUUUGGGAGCAAUCUUAACUCUGUAGGUCAAACUGACUAUGAAUGCGUGGCUUUAUAUGAAGUUGAGGGUGAGGAGUAUGCCGAAUUUGCUGCAGUAGCAGCAGAAGAAGCAAAUAAGUUCACACCAUAUCUUAAUGAUUAUACGGAGCUCGUUGCUCGGGAACUAGAAUUUAUCACUGACAUCGGGGAUGCUAUACUAGAUGAUGAUGACUUCGCACACUCGUUGUUUUCUUUUAAUUUUCAACCAACAAAAGGUGACAUGUGGGGACGUUUCUGGAAUAAUUUGUACAGUAUUGUUGAACCAUACCCGAAUGGUACAAAUGUUGACGUCACAGAUGAAAUGAUACGACAGGUAGGUAAAAAGGCUCCAAUUGUAUUCCAUGGAUACCCGGAUUAUGGUGCUUAUUGGAGAGCUAAUUACGAAGAUGAAAAUCUAGAGGAAGACAUGUGGCAUAUGUACGCAGACAUAAAACCAUUAUACGAGAAACUCCAUGCAUAUGUACGAUAUCGAUUGAAAGAGGUGUAUGGUGAUAAGAUAAACCUUGAUAAAGGAUGUCUACCAGCUAAUGUAUUAGGUGACAUGUGGGGACGUUUCUGGAAUAAUUUAUACAGUAUUGUUGAACCAUACCCGAAUGGUACAAAUGUUGACGUCACAGAUGAAAUGAUACGACAGAACUACACAGUCGACAGAAUGUUUCGUAUGGCGGAUGAUUUCUUCAUAUCAAUGGGAAUGAUUGAAGCGCCCCCAGAGUUCUGGGCAGAAUCCAUGUUCGUCAAACCAACUGACAGAUUAGUAGAGUGCCAUGCGACUGCCUGGGACUUCUAUAAUCAAAUCGACUUCAGAAUACGCAUGUGUACAGAGGUCAACAUGGACGACUUUAUGACAAUACAUCAUGAAAUGGGACAUAUUCAGUACUACUUACAGUACAAACAUCAACCGGUUGAGUUUCGUGAUGGUGCUAAUGAGGGUUUUCACGAGGCUGUAGGCGAGGUCAUCGCUAUGUCUGCCGCUACUACACAACAUCUUUACACGAUUGGUUUAUUGCACGAAAACCCGGAUGACUAUGCAUCGGACAUCAAUUUCCUGAUGAAGCAAUCUCUGACAAUGGUUGCUACAUUACCAUUUUCCAUCGCGUUAGAGAAAUGGCGUUGGGAGGUAUUUCGUUAUAAUAUACCGUACGAAGAUUGGAUGAAAAAAUGGUGGGAGAUAAAGUAG